AUGGGAAUUCCUUCAUCAGUAACUCCAAUUUUCAAAAGGUUAGAAGGUAAAGUAGCAGUGAUCACAGGCGGAGCUAGUGGAAUUGGAGAAGCUGCAACUCGGCUUUUCACAAAACAUGGCGCGAAGGUUGUGGUAGCCGAUGUUCAAGAUGACUUAGGUCAAGCCCUGUGCAAAGAACUAGGCUCAAACGACACCAUCUCCUUCACACAUUGCGAUGUCACAAACGAAAAUGACAUGGAAAACGCGAUAGACGGAGCAGUUUCGAGGUAUGGAAAGCUAGACAUCAUGUUCAGCAAUGCAGGUAUAACAGGAAACAUGAAGGAUCCGAGUAUUUUAGCAACGGAUUAUAACAACUUCAAGAAUGUGUUCGAUGUGAAUGUUUACGGGGCAUUUUUAGGAGCUAAAAUUGCAGCCAAAGCUAUGAUACCAACUAAAAAAGGUAGCAUUUUGUUCACAUCUAGUGUUGCUUCUGUAAUUGGUGGAAUUGCUUCACCGAUAACAUAUGCUUCAUCAAAACAUGCUGUAGUUGGACUAACAAAUCAUUUAGCUGUUGAAUUGGGAAAAUAUGGAAUAAGAGUAAAUUGUAUUUCUCCAUAUACAGUUGUUACACCACUUGUUAGGGAAAUUUUGGGGAAAAUGGAUAAGGAAAAAGCAGAGGAAAUUAUUAUGGAAACUGCUAAUCUUAAAGGGGGGAUAUUGGAACCAGAAGAUAUUGCUGAGGCUGCUGUUUAUUUGGGAAGUGAUGAGUCUAAGUAUGUGAGUGGUGUUAAUUUGGUGAUUGAUGGAGGGUAUAGUAAAACUAAUCCAUUUGCCUCAAUUGUUAUGCAAAACUACAUUUAAUUUCUAGAAGAAAUUGAAGGAUGACU